AUGUCAACUCAAAUAAAGAUCCCUUACGUCCGUCUAGGAAAUUCUGGUUUGAAAGUCUCAAAGAUCAUUCUUGGGGCCAUGCAGUAUGGCGAUCCUGGCUGGCAGCCAUGGGUUCUCGGCGAGGAAGAAGCCAUCAAGCAUAUUAAGGUUGCAUACGACGCGGGCAUUCAAACCUUCGACACUGCAAAUGUCUACUCCAAUGGCCUUUCCGAGAUUAUUCUGGGCAAAGCGAUCAAAGAGCUCAAGCUUCCGCGGGAUGAAAUUGUUGUUAUGACUAAGCUCUACGCCACUGUUGCUCGGGAAUUUGAAACCAACCUCGUCGCAAAGGGCCUCGAGCCCGAUGCCAAUGGAUAUGUUAAUCAGCACGGUCUGAAUCGCAAGCACGUCUUCGAGUCUGUCAAGCAUAGCCUCGAGCGUUUGCAGCUUGACUAUGUUGAUGUCCUCCAGUGCCACCGAUUCGACCCAGAUACACCCAUCGAGGAGACGAUGCAAGCUCUCCAUGAUGUCGUAAAGGCCGGAUAUGUCCGCUACAUCGGCAUGAGUUCUUGCUACGCCUGGCAGUUCAGCGCGAUGCAGAAUUAUGCUAUCAACAACAAAUUGACACCUUUCAUCUCCAUGCAGAACCACUACAGCCUUCUCUAUCGCGAGGAGGAGCGAGAGAUGUUCCCUACUCUUAAGUACUUCGGUGUUGGGGCUAUCCCAUGGUCGCCUCUUGCGCGUGGUCUCCUCGCUCGCCCCCUCUCGGCUCAGACAAAACGAGGGGACACCGAUUCCUAUAUUAACGUCUACUCUCACUCCGAGACGCCUGGGACAGCCGAGAUUAUAGGACGAGUUGAGGAAGUGGCCAAGAAACGAGGGAUAAGCAUGGCUCAAGUCGCCAUUGCCUGGAUCCUCUCAAAGGACGGUGUCUCCGCUCCGAUCGUGGGCACGACGAGCCUGAAGAACUUGGAGGAUAUUAUUGCUGGCGUGAAUGUCAAGCUGACUGAUGAAGAAGUGAAGUUCUUGGAGGAGCCGUAUAAGUCCCAGAAGAUCAUCGGCCACUAA